AUGGGACACAGGCAAAGCCGGCCCAGCAUCCACACGACACCUGACCCUCUGUCCGCGGACGGCGUGAUCACGCCGAACGUGAUGGUGCGCACGAGCACCUCUUCCAGCUCGCCUAGCGUCGCCAUCAUGGCACCGAAUGACGGGAGCCGAUUCGGCACGGAAUGGCUGCCACCCACACUGACGGCCGACGCUGAGGCGUCCGUGUCGCGUGGUGUACUGCAACUGGGCAUCGACCUCCUGCGUGAACUGCGCCGCUCCGACCCCGGCGAGGCCAACGUGGUCCUGUCCCCGUACGCUGCCGCGAGCGCCCUGGAAGAGCUCCUGGUCGGAUCCCGUGGAAUCACGGCCGCGCAGAUUUCGGCAGCGCUGUGCAUCCCGCCAGGACAGAGGGUGAGCGCGUACUUCGAGAACUGUGACCGCGAAAUCCCAAACCGGCGUCGAAGCGACAGCAAACGACGCUUUGACAUGGGCUACCUGAACAAUGUGCACCACGAGCAGACGUUGGUCACCAUCGACCCGGAGACGCAGGCGAGCGAGGUUCUGCGCCUGGAGCGCUUCAGUUGGGACUUUGCCAAGGCAGCCGAGGAGAGCCGCCAGGAGAUCGACCACUACUCUCGCCUGUAUGCCAAAGCCUUCGAGCCCGCCGAGAUUCUGCCACAGGGUUGCAUCACCCCAUGCUCCCUGGUGUGCAUGGUGAGCGUGGUGGACUUCCGCGGCUCGUGGAAGCAGGCGUUCGACGACCGCACCGCAACGAGAGAGAUAUUCUACGAGUCCGACGGCACCUUCACGCCCGUAGUGAUGGUGCACCAGACGGGACGCUUUCGGUUCGCCAAGUGCGCCGACCUUUGUGCCACGGCAAUCGAACUGCCAUACGAAGAACCCGGGAGGUCCCAAGUAACCUCGCUGAGCCGAUCAGUCUCCAACGCAAGCUCGCCCAAGAGCGGUAUUACCACGCCAUCCGUUGUGGAUGCAUUCGCGGGCCCGGAGUUCUCACUGGUGGUGCUUCUACCCGAGCAGAAGAACGGCCUUGAGCUGUUGGAAUCAAAGCUGAGUGCGUUCACGGCACUGGCCUGUUUCGACCAGCUCAGAACCCAGAAACAAGUCAGGGUGAGCUUGCCACUCUUCAAAGUCAAACAGGUGACAGAUAUGAUACCGGCCCUCUGCGCCCUCGGCGUCGGUCACGUGUUCACACAGGACGCCGAACUGUGGGGCUCAACGGCUGGCGAGAAGCGGGUGACGCUGAUGCACCACGCGGCCGCUUUCGAGACGGCGCAGACCGGGGGCCGGCCCCAGCCGCGUCCAAAGCAGCACGCGGGUCACCUGCGUGGACUCAUGCACAGCUUGCGCACCUUGGUGAAGGUCCCGCAGCAGCGCGCACAGUUCACCGUCGACCGGCCCUUCGCGUUCUUCGUCACUUGCGCCCGCCCGCAAGCGAUCAUGCUGCUGGGUUCCGUGCGCCGCAUCUCAACGUGA